CUGUCCCCGGUGGUCCCUGGCACCUCCACCCAGACAUGCUGCUGUCGCUGCUGCUGGCUCUCCUCUGGGGCAGGGCAAGAGUGGAGGGAGCCGUAGCAUAUGGGGAAGGUUACACCCUGCAAAUGCAGCAGGAGGUGACAGUGCAGGAGGGUCUGUGUGUCUAUGUGCCCUGCUCCCUCUCUGACCCCGGGGAUGGCUGGAAAAACAAUAGCCCAAUUCUUGGCUACUGGUACAGGAAAAGGGCCAGUAAACAGAAGGAUAGUCUAGUAGCCACAAAUGACCCAAAUCAACAAGUGCAGGAGGAUGGCCGAUUCCAUCUCCUCGGGGAUCCCAAGAAGAACAACUGCUCCCUGAGCAUCACAGAUACCAAGAGGACAGAUAGCGGGUCAUACCUUUUUGUGGUGGUGACAGGAAGAACUACAAUGAUGAUAUAUCGAUACACAUCUUCUCUGCUGUCUGUGCGUGUGGUAGCCCUGACCCAUAAGCCCAGCAUCUCCAUCCCAGGGACCCUGGAGUGUGGCCACCCCAGGAACCUGACAUGCUCCGUGCCCUGGGCCUGUGAGCAGGGGACGCCCCCCGUCUUCUCCUGGACGGCAGCUGCUCCUACCUCCCUGGGUCCCAAGACCACCCACUCCUCAGUGCUCACUGUCACCCCACAGUCCCAGGACCAUGGCACCAGCCUCACCUGCCAGGUGACCCUGCCAGGGGCUGGUGUGACCACGGCCAGGACCAUCCAUCUCUACGUGACUUCAACUACAAACUUGAAAAAUGGUUCAUCUCUUCAGGUCCUGGAGGGCCAGUCUCUGCACCUGGUGUGUGCUGCUGACAGUAACCCUCCCGCCAGGCUGAGCUGGGCCCGGGGAAGCCUGACCCUGUGCCCAUCACAGCCCUUGAGCCCUGGGGUGCUGGAGCUGCCCCAAGUGCACCUUGGGGAUGAAGGAGAAUUCACCUGCCAAGCUCAGAACCCUCUGGGCUCCCAGCACAUCUCCCUGAGCCUCUUCCUGCAGAGUGAGCAUGGCCCCUGGGACCAAGAAGGGGGUUGGGAAGGCAGGGAACAUGACCCCAAAUCCCACCUCCCUGUGCUCAAAGGACCAGAAAGGGGCAAGAGGCCUGGGCCAGACAGGAGAGUGAGGUCCCGCAGGAGACAGGCAGCUCAGGCAGCAGUGGGUGUGGAGGACUCAGGCACGGUCAUGGGCUAAUCCCUCAGGUGAGAGAUGCCAGUGUGUCACCAUCCAACAUCCCACCAGACAUCUUCCCUGUGAUGGCCUCCAGGUUAUUCUACUCAGUAUGGCCAAGGCCGAGUUGCCGGUCUCCUCCCCAAACAGCCCCUUGUCCUGCUGGGAACCCCAUCCCACUGAUGAGACUGUUGCCUCAUGUCUGUAGCCAGACAAGGGUGAGGCUCCCACCUUGACCCCCCACCCCACAGCCCAUGAAUCACUCCCUCUUCUCCCUCCUUCUCCUCCUAAGCACAGCUCACCUCCAUAUUCUUUUCUCCACCCUGACCCUGCUCAUUGCUGCGACCUCGCCUCUUCUCUGGUCGCUGAAUCUACCUCCCCUCCUGCCUCCAUCUCUCCCCAGCACAGGCCUCCAGACUGUGCUUCCAGAUGCUUCCUUGUCCGGCUCCUGCACAGUGUAAAUGAGCAGGUUUCCCUCCAUUGCUGGGGGACCAAGGUGCUAACCCCAUGCACUGGACAGGAGGCCUUGCAUGGUCUGCCCCUGAUGGACUCCUCUCCUGACCCCUCCUUUCCCUGCAUCACCCAACAUCUCCCCACACCCACUGGGCCAUGUCUACUGUGACCUGAGACUUUGCUUGUGAUUCCUGUUCCUGAAACAGCCUCCCUCCCUUUCCUGCCUGUAGGUCCUGCUCAUCCUUCAGGCUCAGUCUCACGUGUCACUGAGGGUUGUGUGUGUUCCUUGUUUGCUUCUGAGUCGAGGAGGGACAUUGAGUCCUUCAUUCAUAGGCUCAUUCAGGAAGUAUUAUUGAACACCCGCUAUGUGCCAAGACAAAAAAUGGAAAUCAAAACUCCUAAUGAGAUGCUACUUCACACCCAUCAGGAUAGCUCUUAUUUCUAAAAAAAAAAAAAUUAUAUAUAUAUAUAUAUGUAUAUGUAUAAAAUAAAUGUUUACAAAGA